AUGGAGACAGCUAUCCGCUGGUCCCCGGCCUCCACCACAAGCGAGCAACGCUUCCUCUCAGUGGACGUGGUGAAUAAAGCCUUCCGCCUAUGCCGGGUGACAUCGUUUGACGGAAAACGCCGCCUCGAGCAUGAGGUGCUGUCGACGCACACCAAAGUGCCCGCGUUUCGGGCCUUCGACUGGUCCCCGCUGGACGAGUCCCUCGUCGCGGUGGGCCAGUCCUCGGGCGACGCGACCAUUUUGCGCAUGAACAGCGAGGCCCAGGAGUCCUUCUCCUUUCCCAUCCGCCACCAGCGAUACUGCAACGCCGUCGCCUUCAGCACCCACGGCUUGCUGGCCGCUGGCUUGGACCGCGUCCGCAAUGACUUCUGCCUCAAUAUCUGGGACGUCAACCAGCGCCUGACCAUGAAGGCCCCCGCUACCAAGGGGUUCGUCGAGCCUCUGCGCAAGCUGGCUAGCUCCGAGCCCAUCACCAGUAUCAAGUUCUUUCGCGAUCAGCCGGAUACCUUGGUCACUGGGGUUAAGGGCCAGUUUAUGCGCAUUUAUGAUUUGCGAGAGGGACCCGGGAAUCCGUCGCUACAGUUCCCUACGAGGUGCGUUCAUAAUUUGGCUAUCAAUUGGCUGGAUGAGAACUAUAUCGCCUCGUGUCAGGGAACAAACGAUCCGGUCAUCUGUGUCUGGGAUCGACGGAUUGGUUCGCGCUUUAUCACGCCGGCGGUGGGUGCGGCCACCGCGCUUGAUGCUGGCCAGGCUGGUCCAGCGCUGGAGUUCAAGAAUGUCAUCGCCCCUAAAUCGAGUAUCUGGAGUCUGCGCUUCUCCCGCACCAAGAGGGGUUGCCUGGCGGUAUUGGCUAACAGCGGUCAUCUCAAGACGUAUGAUAUAGCCAAGGAAUACAUGGCUGAUGAGAUGCGCUCGUCGGUGGACGAGACGCUUGGACAAUACCCUGAACAGAUUUAUACCAAGUAUGAGCGAGAUAUCAUCAGUCCCUUCAAUCACCCUUCCCGUGGCUAUGCAGAAGAGGACAGGGUGGUGGCCUUCGACUUUCUGAAUAUGAGUUCCGGCAACGAGCCCAGCGCGAUCACUAUGAACGGCACUGGUCAGAUCAACAUCGUCACAUCCAAACCGCCCUCGCCACCCGUGCGGCUCUCGUCACAGGCAUCCUUGAUCUGGGGCUCGCCGGAUGAAGAUUCUGGUUUCAGAGUGAUUAGUCCCCCGUCCAACCCGGACAGUCGUAUAUCGGAAGUCGUGCGCGAUCUAUGCGACCGGGUGUCGGCUCAGGCUACGGCACCGGGGGCGAAUGACUCGGAAAAUGGGUGGGAGAGUCCCCUUUCAAGCCGCAAGGCGAGAGAACGCGCCAUCUCGCUAGGGUUGUCCGGUGAUCUUCUUGCUGUGGAAGAUGCUUUGACGUUGUUGUCCGUCAGCAGGCUGCGAUGCAAGGAGGGUUAUCUAUUUGAUGAAGCGCGGAACAAGAGGAUAGUGGCGGAUGAUCCUUGGCUACUGGGCUUCUGGGAUUGGGUUGAACGUGCACGGUCUGACUCUUCUGAUGAAUCGAUGAUCAUCAACGGAUUGGAUCUGAAUUACUUGGGGGUCUACGAUGUCUGGAACAAUGACCUAGGGGAGAGCCUAGAAGCUCGACGUGUGAGCUCGGAUUCACCAUCGGACAUCAAAAAAACCAUUGUUCAUCUGGUUAGCGAUCAGCUGAACCUGUCCGAAACCAAAGGCUGUGAGACGAAAUAUGUAGAACAUCGUCGGUUGUGUCUGCGGAUCUGCGGUGCGGCGCAAACCUAUCGUGAAUUAGAAGAGCUCGUCAAGACGUUAUCGGCAGAGAAGCAGCACACCAAAGCCGCCGCGUUGGCUAUUUUCCAGGACGAAGCCAAGCUGGCCUACGUGGCGCUUCGGAGCCAUGAGCCGACGCAAGCGCACAAGCUCCUCGCCAUGGCUAUUGCCGGCGCCGCGAAAGGCGACACCGACCCAGACUGGGAAGAAACGUGCGCUGAAAUCGCCCAGGAAUUAGCAGACCCGUAUGCGCGGGCCAUCCUCGCACUCGUCAGUCGAGGAGAUUGGAGAUCGGUCAUCCAGGAGACAACCCUUCCUUUGAGGUACCGCGUCGAAGUCGCCCUGCGCUGGCUCCCGGAUGACGAUCUCACCAAGUUCUUGCACGAAACGACGCGGGAAGUCAUUCGACAAGGCGAUAUCGAGGGCGUCGUUCUCACAGGACUUGGCCAUUCGGCCAUGGACUUGUUCCAGUCCUACAUCAACAAAUUCAACGACAUUCAAACAGCCGUGCUCGCUAUGAGCUACACCGUCCCGCGAUUCAUCAACAACCCCCCGCAUCGAGCUCGGUAUCAAGCCUGGCGCGAGACCUACCGGUGGCAGAUCAACUCGUGGAAACUGCAGCUGGAGCGAGCCCGCUUCGACGUGGGAUCACGCAAAUUCGCCGUGACCUGGGACGGCCGCAAGCUGAUGGAGCCACCGCGACAACAGAUCAGCCUCACCUGCAACUACUGCACCCGACCACUUACUCAGCACGACGCCUCGUCGCAGCUCACCCCGUCCGCCACGGGCGAGGUGGUGCAUCCGACGGCAGGCAAUCCUCUAGGGACGGCCGCGAUGUCCGGCACUGUCUGUCCCCGAUGCGGGCGCCACAUGCCCCGUUGCGGCGUCUGCACGCUGUGGUUGGGAUCACCGGAUCCGAUGUCCAAGGCGUAUGUGACUGCCGAGGCGGGAGCGGAGUCCCGUCGCCCAAGCGAGACGGAGCUGAUGCGCCGAUUCGUUGUGUUCUGUAUCAACUGUAACCACGGGUUCCAUGCGCAUCACGCGCGGGAAUGGUUUGGGAAGCACAAGGUCUGCCCGGUGGCGGAGUGUAGCUGUAUUUGUGAUCGAAUCCAUAAUAUACGCAAAAUGUCCACCGCAACGCCAUCCACCAACCCCACCGCGGAACCACAACACAAUGAACAACAACCCGACCCCCAGAAAACCUCCCGCGCACCGCGCAACAAAGGAAACAGCAAACCCGGCCGUGGGCUCAGGAAAGACGGCGGCAACCGGAAGACCGAGGACCCGAAAACCGGACGACAGAUUACGGUAUCGAAAGCCAUGUCGUAUGUGCUGCGGCAUGCGGCCGAGAAGGAAGGGUUGAAGAUGGAUGCGCAGGGGUAUGCGGGGGUGGGGGAUUUGCUCGGAUGGCGGAAACUCAAGUCCUUGAAGGUUACGUUCCCUGAGAUUGUGGAGGCGGUGGCUUGCUCUGAUAAGAAGCGGUUUGGGUUGUUGUAUCUCCCUUCUUCUUCUUCUAGUGCUACGCCUACGUCUGGGACGGAGGGGGCGGGUGCUGCUGGGGACACCACGACAGACGACACGACCGAGACGGCGACGGCGACGGCGCUAGCGGCCGCGACGGACGACCUCGAGCCCACGCACUACCUCAUCCGCGCGACGCAGGGCCACAGCAUCAAGAGCGUCGAGGCCGCCGGCCUGCUCGAGCGGCUGACGCUCGCCGACCGCCACCGACUACCCGCUACCGUCGUCCACGGCACCUUCCACGGCGCCUGGCCCGCCAUCCUCGAGUCCGGCGGGCUGCGCUGCAUGGGUCGCAACCAGGUGCACUUUGCCACGGGCCCCGAGCGCGAAGCCGUGCUGUCGGCGCUGCUGAAGGAUGACACCACCGAUAACAAAGCGGUGCUCGGGGCGCAAGGGCAGGUGAUCUCGGGGAUGCGGCGGGACGCGCAGGUGCUGAUCUAUAUUGAUAUCGUUAAGGCGUUGGAGGCCGGGUGUCCGUUUUGGCGCAGUGAGAAUGGGGUGGUUCUGAGUGAGGGGAUCGAUGGGCUGGUGCCCGUCGAGGUGUUCGAUGUCGUUGUUGAACGCCGGCUGGGCACGAUCUGGGAGCGCGGGACCGUCGUGCAGCAGUGGCCGUCGGAAUGGAGGCAGCGGCGAAAUCCUAAGGGGAAGGGGUCCGACGGGAGGUGAUUCGAUGGAUCUAGAAAGUUGAUAAUAUGUACAUCAUGUGUAACUCCUGUCGAUCGGAGGGGUGUCAUGCAACUGGAGUCCCAGACAUUGGAGGGGGUGAAAAGUAUCGGAAGCCAACUGCGGGGAAUUCGGAAGCGGGAAUCCGAACAAAACACAGGAAAAAGGCGGGGCUGGAAGGAGGGGGAAAGGUUCCCUAGUCCCUACCCGCUUCCGAAGCCAAUCAUCAUCUGUCGCCUACAAAUCCGG